GAUACAGCCGGACAAGAAAGAUACAGGACCAUCACUACUGCCUACUACCGAGGAGCCAUGGGCUUUGUCCUCAUGUAUGAUAUCACCAGUGAAGACUCCUUCAAUGCAGUGCAGGACUGGGCCACACAAAUCAAGACUUACUCCUGGGACAAUGCACAAGUGAUCCUGGUGGGAAACAAAUGUGACAUGGAGGAUGAGAGAACUGUUCCUGUGGAGAAGGGGAAAAAUCUGGCGGAUCAGCUAGGAUUUGACUAUUUUGAAGCCAGUGCCAAAGAAAACAUCAACGUAAGGCAGGUGUUUGAGCGCCUUGUGGAUAUAAUCUGUGAGAAGAUGUCGGAGAGUAUAGAUUCAGACCCUUGCAGGGGCACUUCUGGAAGGAGCAUGCGGCUCACAGACAACCCACCCCCUUCGCAGCAGAACUGCUCGUGCUAG